AUGUUGAAUCCUAAUGCACCAUCGUAUAGAAGAAGGCUGAGUGCGCAUGCACAACCGUUUGAACCGGCGGACCUACGUUCACUGUAUCUUACCUUUUCAAACGGCUUUCCCCUGAAAGAAAGUCAGAUCUUCCAUUUUUUUAACGGGUUAUACCCAUCCCUUGUGGAGAAAGUGAGUGUGCCGAGGCCAAAAAGAGGAAGCGGGCCGUCCUUGCAUGGGAAGGUGGUGUUCAAGAAUGCUGUCAUCCCCUUCUGGGUGAUGCAAAAUCAUGAAAAGGUUGGCUUUUUUGUAGAUGGGCGCCCUUUUUACUGCAGUAAGUUUGUCAGUAAGAAAACAAUAACUGCACCCACUACAAGUACUAGCCUCCCUGAUGGUGAAAGCCACCCCGGUGGUAAAGAAUGA